CCGGGAUCAGAGGGCACAGCCGCAGAAUAAAGGAGCCUAAAUGAGGAGGGAUUUCUUCAGCCCAGAGGAUAUUAUCACGUUAGCCAUGAUGUGAACCAGGGACUGAACCUCACCCUUUACCAAGGCUGAUUAUAAAAAGGGAUGGAGUGAGCUUUGGGACAAGUGUGACUUCCAGGACAGGGAAGAGCAAACGACAAUGUUGGGGUUGCUUGUCCUGCUUCUGCUCUCAGCUGAGAGUGAUUUAAUUGAGUCCAGCAACUUCAUUCAACUCAGUAACAUGAUUUCAUGCAUCAUGCCAGGCAGCAGUGCACUUCAGAGAUUUCUUAACUACGGCUGUUACUGUGGACUUGGUGGAUCUGGGACACCAGUGGAUGACCUUGACCGGUGCUGCCAGGCCCAUGACUACUGUUAUGAUGACGCUGUGACAAAGCACAAGUGCACAUAUUUCAGAUCACCCGCAAUGAUUAUAUACAGCUACAUCUGCUCAACAGGGAAACUCGAAUGUACAGGUGGAAGUGGUUCUUAUGAUAAGAUUAUCUGCGAAUGUGAUCGCCAGGCAGCCAUGUGCUUCAGUAAAGUAAAGUACAAUCCUGAGAAUCGCUACAUGGACCAGUCCCGCUGCAAGUAGGAGCUCCAAUGUGUUCAUGUGCCCAUAAAUUCCUUUGACUUCAGAUGACAAGUACUGUCCUUCCAAAUUGUGUCAAACACGUUAUUUCCAGGAUCUCUAAACAUCCUUGAACUCCAUAUUUACUACGUUAAUAUAAUCAGUAAUCUCAUUUACAUUUCCUGUUCUCACUGUCUAACAUUAUCUGUGACAUUCGGGAAGCUAAAGGCCUUCAUCAUUUCAACCUUCCUCCCAGUGAAAACACAUUCUUCUGUGAAUUUCUUCCCAUCACUUUAGAAAAUAAAAAAAUGGGAUUACCCAUGUCAAUUUUCCUCAGAUCCUCUUCAAAGUAUUAAAGCCGCAGCACUUGGGAAUCUUAUUAAAGAGCCAGGUGUAAAUCCUGUCGGGGUGUUGUUCAUCUCCCCAGCCCAUCCUUUCUUUAAAACCUUCCCUCAGCUCAUCCCUUCAUUCAAUCCUUCCCUCAGCCCAUCAGUUCUUUAAUCCUUUCCCUCCGUCCGUCCUUUCUUUAAAUCCUAUUGGGCCGUUGUUCAUUCCCUCUGCCCACACCUUCCUCCUCUGAGGAAUCUGAGCUAAAAUCCAUUCAGUCCCAAGUGAUUCAAACCAUUGGAUAGCCUACAGCAUGAAAUAUGUUUAGCUAGUUCCUCACAGUUCUGUUUCUAAUUACUGCUGCACUUCUAAACCUAAAUUUGAUUGUACUCAAAGUUUGUUUUCAAGGAUGUUGGUAACGCUAAGGUGGCGAAUGUCUUUCUUCUAUAAACCAUUAAACCUGAUUUGA